AAUAGAAUGAACUAACCAAAUCAUGUUAUUUCAGAGAAUCUCGUGAUUUCAUAACCACUAUAUGAUAAUGAUUAAGCAGCACAAUCCAUUUAUGAUAAAUAUUUGAAAGAGUGUUCAUUGAUUCCAAUUAGAUUAAUUGAAGAAUCAAAGGAAACAUAAGAAAGACCUUUUGCAGGAACAAGAUAAAGUAGUCAAUAACAAUCGAAUUAGAGAAAUGAACAUAAUAUUUAAGAAUUUAGUUCUUUAGAAAGAGAAUAAAGAAACAGAAACUAAUAACAAAUGUAGUAGGUAAAUUAUUAAUAGGAUCAUCAACAUUAAUAUUAUCAAAAUAAUUUAAUGAGAUAUCCUUAUUAAGAUGUCUAUUAUCAUUAGAGAUAAUAUAAUUAAUUAUAAAAUUAUUAUUAAGAUUAAUAUUAGUAUCAUUAACAUAGAAGGAAUUAAUAACAAUAUAGAAUGGAAUAAGAAUAUUAUGGUCAUCAUAUGAGGAGAUAAGAAUAAGGAAGAAGAAGAAUGCAUCAUCCUUAACCAAAAUAUGGAUUAGAUUAAAAUGAAAUAGCAGCAUUAAGUGAAAUAGUUUAUAGAUAGAGUAGAGCUUAAUGUUGGGAGGAUGAAAACAAGAAAUGUAGUAUUUGUAUUUCUCAUUUUGAAGAAAAUGAAAAAAUUCGAUUUUUGCCAUGCUUACAUAGGUAUAUAUUGUUUAUUUAUUUUUGA